GCGGAGCACCGCUCAGCGGGGCGGUGCGCCGGGGAGGCCGGGCGCUGAUUGGCGGGGCGGAGCCGGGGCUUGGGCUGGAGGGCAGCGAUGGGGGCGCAGCUCAGCACGCUGAGUUGGGUUGUGACAUACCCAAUAUGGCUCAUCUACAGCACUGUCCGGAGGCUUUUUGGGACUCCUCGUCCUGCAAUCACUCUGAAGGAUCCUGAAGUGAAGUAUGCUUUGAGGCUGAUUGAUAAAGAGGAAGUAAGCCAUGACACAAGGAGAUUUCGGUUUGCUCUCCCUUCCAUGGAUCAUGUUCUGGGUCUACCAAUAGGACAGCAUAUCUACCUGUCUGCUCGGAUCGAUGGAGCGCUGGUCAUUAGACCUUACACUCCGAUUUCCAGUGACGAUGACAAGGGCUUCGUGGAUCUUGUCAUCAAGGUUUACAUGAAAGGUGUCCAUCCGAAAUUUCCUGACGGAGGGAAGAUGUCUCAGUACUUAGACAGCCUGAAAAUAGGGGAUACCAUUGACUUCAGAGGACCAAGUGGCCUGCUUGUCUACAAAGGAAAAGGUGAGUUUGCUAUUCGACCUGAAAAGAAAGCCCAACCGGUUACUAAGAAAGUGAAGUAUGUGGGGAUGAUCGCAGGUGGGACUGGAAUAACACCUAUGCUGCAGAUCAUUCGAGCAAUCAUGAAAGACAAGGAUGACUCCACGGUUUGCCAGCUGCUGUUUGCUAACCAGACUGAGAAGGAUAUCCUGCAACGUUCAGAGCUGGAAGAGAUUCAGGUUCAGCACCCCAACCGUUUUAAGUGUUGGUAUACACUGGAUAAAGCACCUGAAAAUUGGGAUUACAGCCAAGGAUUUGUGAACCAAGAUAUGAUCAGAGACCACCUGCCCCCACCUCAGAGCGAUGUUCUGAUCCUCAUGUGUGGACCUCCUCCCAUGAUCCAGUACGCGUGCAUUCCCAACCUGGACAAACUGGGCUAUGCCAAGGACAUGAGGUUCUCCUUCUAAUGAAGGCUGUUACUUCAGUGGUCUUGUGAGGAAGGAAAGAAAAACAGUUAAUGGGGAACAAGACAAAGUUAGAGAUGGCUGAUGCACAGUGCUGGGAAGCUACAUUUACAUUAGAAGUACUUCAUUUUUAUCUGAAUCUCUGGCAAGUUAGACACUUAAGCUUAACUAUAUGAUAACCGUACUGUACGUUACACACAAACAGCCUUCUGGCAGAGACGUAGCCAUGCGCAGUUCUCAGCUGUGUUGUGCUUGCCACGUCUGUCCUGUAGAAAGAUUAUAUUCCAUCUUGAGGCUGGAAAGCUUCUUAGGGCAGCAAAUACUCAUUUACACUCUUGUUAGCACUGUAAUCAAAUAGCAGUAAUAUCCCACUUCCUAACACUGUGCAUACCCAGUAUUUUAUUUGGUGUGAAGUAUGAAAUAUAUGGAAUGAGCUGGAUCAUUCGCCCUGCUUGUAUCAAACUUUAAAGAGAUGUUACUGUGUGAGGACCAGGAGCGUUUUCCUGGUAUGCAUAAUCUUUGCACCAUCAGGAGCUUAAGAGUGUUCAUUUGAAGGAUGACAAUUAACCACGUAUGACUGAAGUUGUUUAAGGAAGUUGCCUUGUUAAUCAGAAUAGAGGGGUAGACAGCUAUAUAAAAUUUGUUUCCUGUGUAUUUUGGAAUAGCCUCUUUUACGUGGAAACACUUUUCCAGCUGCUCACAUCCCUGGGCAAUGAAAGAAACUCUGGACAGCAGGUGCUUUACUGACUGUCCUGGAAGUCUUUGCUUGUAUGUGUGCUGAAUACUGAAAAAAUACUGACGUGUGUAUUUACUUUUAAAUAACAGGCAGUACCAUAGGAGUGGGAAAGUGAUUGUUCUGCAUGUUCUGUGCAGUGAAAAAGUGCUGGGUGAAAACUGGAUCUGGUUUUAGUUUGUUUCCCAGAGCUGGGUUAGCCAGACUGGGGUUCAUUUGGUGGUCCAGCUCAGCAGUGGGUCCUGGCAGGUGUGAUAUGCCUGCACAUCUUGCUCUGGAAGAGCUCCAAAGAAGAAAGAGGAUUGCAUGGGAACAGCCUUAAGCCACCCAACUGACAGCUGAUUCAAAUGUAUCUCUGAAUCUAAAACUCUUUCUUACGUGCUGUUUAUUACAGCUUCCAUUUGUUUCUUAAUAUAAUUUUUACAGCAGCCUUUCACCUGACCUUUAGCAAAACUUCAUGCCUCCUGUGUGCUGUCCUUCUGCAUCCACACAUACUGAGGUUGGGGCUGUCCUGCAAGAAGUCCAGGAGACAAAGUCGUGGUCUGGUGAUGAAAUCACAGUGAGGGAAAGGAUAGUGGGUGGUGGUGGAUGAAGUCGUAGAAUCACCAGAGCUGGAACAGACCUCCAACAUCACCCAUUCACCAAUAUUUCCCCCCUAAACCACGUCCCUCAGUACCACAGCUGAAGUCACGUGGAUGCGAGUUAGCUGCAGGUAGUGCUGUGCCAUGUGUGUCACUUCUGUAAAGAUUUGGGCACUACUUGGGGCUGUAACUUGCCCCGCUUUCUUUUGUGCCCAUCCAACAGCUGCGUAGUAGACACUUAAAAGGUGAAUCUUCAGCAUCAAUUAAAAGGAGAAAAGGAUACUACAGUUAACUUAAGGAACCUGCAAAGAAUAAUACUAUUACGUUUAUUAAAUAGACACUUGCCUCUGAAAUCUUCAGCAUUUGAUGUGCGUUUCUGAAACUCAUUUUACUAUUGUGCUCCAGAGGUCAGUUCCUUUAUCUUUUUGUGAGGCAAAAAGCAGAAAUAGGAGAUGAAUUGUUUUGCUGCUGGUUUACAUCACUGUGGAGUAAACAGGUUUUUUUUUUUCCAUGACUGUAUUUAAGGAAGUGUUCAUAUCAAAAAUAACUCACUGGUAACACGGCAACAUUUUUGUAUAACUAAACCUUUCUUCUAAUUACUGUUUUUUUCCACAUCUGUCAGAAAUAAAUGAUGAUGCAGGUGCCUCACCUGUGUGUUACUUAUCCCAUCACCUUCCACUUCAGAAGAGACAAACUGUGUCUGUAGAGCACUUCAGAAUGCUUAAAAACAUCUGUUUGCUGUUUACCCAACUGUUUGUGUGAGAGGUUGGUGCAAGCUGCUGAGUCAAGGAUUAAACUACCACUGUUUUCUGUCUGUCACCAGAAUCUAUUCGUUUUGACUUUAUUUUGUACAUCUUCCUUGCGAACAUGAAGCUCUUUAAUUAAAAAGGAGAUUUUUAUAUAAUCUGAUGAAAAGAUGGUGCCCCGAUCCCUUUUGCUUGCUGGUCCUGUACUGUGGCACUUAAACAAGUAAUAAAAGCUGGUUUUGCAUUGUU